CCCCAAGCAACUAUAAACCCAUUCCCAUUCCUCAUCCCACCAUUAUCCGAAUACUGAACUGCGGUCUUCUUCUCCUACCGCAGCGCGGCGCUGCGCUCAAAUUCGCUUCCGUUCCGUCGUUGAGAGCCGCCGAAAAUGACUCGGGGAACAGAUAAGCUGGCCAGGAGCAUAAAAAAGUUCGUGGACUUGCACUACAAGCUCUUCACGCGCCGCUAUGGGCAGCAACUGAUGGACAUCCUCGAGUUCCCCGUGAAGGUCGUGCUUUCGCCCUUCACUCUCCCCUUCGACAUUGCUGGCUCUGCCCCGCGUGGAUUUGGCGUCCCCGAGUUCAUCUCCAAGCUUUCUUACUCCGCCGUUUUCGCCAUUGCUACUCUUGGGACUUAUGACAUUGCAUUCGAACUGGGAAAGAAGGUUUUGUGUCAGAGGAAUUGUAGGACCUGCACUGGAUGGCAGGCCAUGCAAUGUACCAUGUGCAGAGGCUCAGGAAAAGUGCAAUAUCAAGUGAAAAAUUAUGCUUUGAGAAGUGGAGAGAAGGCAACAGCUGAAAAUAUUGCUGAUGCAAUUGCUGAAAACCGAGCUGAGUUGGUUCACCUUCCUUCAAGUGUUGAUCUUCAUCUGCCAUUGCCAUAUAAAGAAUGUCCAAGUUGUGAUGGAUCAGGGGUGAUGAAAUGUCCAGAAUGCAAAGGAAAAUUUCCACUUAGAAUAUCUGCAGAUGAUAUAAUGGAACCUCCAUGGAAAGCCUGUGACAUCUUGCGUAAGAUGGACUAUCCUUAUGAGCAUAUAGUUCACAGUAUGAAGGAUCCCAGCAUUGCUGCAUUUUGGUUGAUAACCUUGCCUCAGAUCGUGGGAGGCAUGGAUUACGACGAUGAUGUCAAGCAGAAAAUUUGGUGGCAAUACAAGGAAUCUAUGCGGUAUGAUCAACUCCGGAAUGAAGUUGCCAAACGAGAACCAGGGUGGGAGUAUUUGCAAGAGGCUUUAAUCUCCAUAGAUCCCAGCCGUGCUAAGGAUGAUCCUGUAGUUGUGAAAAACGUUCCAUUCUACAAGGCCAAGAAAGCUCUGGAGGCAGAAGUCAUGAAGCUUAAUCCUCCCCCACGGCCUCAUGAUUGGGGGGACUUGGACCUUCCACUGAAUGCAUCUUCUUGGUCCGAGGAAGACCUUAAAGAUCCAAAGAAGCUAUAUGAGAUGACUAUUCUUCUUAAUGCACAAAGAGAAAUUGCUGAUAAAAUAUUGGACACACAGUGGGAAACAAAGUGGCGUGAAGAGAAGCUGAAUGAGAUGCUGAAAGAGAAAGUAGAGCCCUACUUGCAAAACAUUGACAACGGCGUCCUUCCUCAGCCUAUAGUACUGCAGUCCCAGAACCAUGACCAAAAGAAAAAUCAGGGCAGGCGGCGAUGGUGGCUGUUUUAAUGGUCUUGAGCUGCACGUUUUUAUGUAUGAUUUUCCCCUCAUUGUGCUAUAUAAUAUAAGCAGUUUCUUUGUUUUCGUGGACGGAUUUAAGAUGGGUUGCUAGUUUGCUACUCGUGCCCAAUUUUGUCAUUUAAUCUAUGUGUUGUGUUUAAGUUUCUUGUGCAAUGUAUAUCAAUUUUUGGGUGAAA